AAAAAAAAAAAUAAUAAUAAUCCAGCAUUAGUCCCUCCUCCUCCCCCCUGCAUUUGGCCUUAGCCCGGGAGGAUGAGUCUCUAAGUCUCUCCUGGGGUCCUUCCCGCGUCUCCUCCGCGUCCUGUUCGUGGCACUCCGAAGCGCCAGUCCAGACUUUCCAGUCCCCAAGAUGUAUCUGGUUUUCUUGUGGUGCUCCUGCUGCCUUUGGGGAUGUUCCUUCGGGACCGGAUUUCUCUAUCCGUUCCCGGCAUCGACUCUGCAACACAAUUAUCCCGAGCAGAACUCCGGCGGACCGGCGGGCAAUGCCUUUGCCAAUCGUCGUCAUUGGUGCCACUACACGGUCACCCGGACGGUUUCCUGUCAAGUGCAGAAUGGCUCGGAGACAGUUAUCCAAAGGGUUUAUCAGAGCUGCCGGUGGCCGGGACCUUGUGCCAACUUAGUGAGUUACAGGACCCUCAUCCGACCCACGUACAAGAUAGCUUACCGAACAGUAACUGCUCUUGAAUGGCGAUGCUGCCCUGGAUUCACUGGAAGCAACUGUGAGGAAGAAUGUAUGAACUGCACAAAGCUCACAGAUAUGACUGAAAGGCUGAAUAUCUUGGAAGCCAAAAUCCUUUUGCUUGAGGCUGCGGAACGAGCUUCACCUUCAGACAAUGAUCUUCCGAUGACAAGAACUACAGCCACUUGGUAUGAUGAUGUGGUGCCUGAUGCUAUUCCACUAGCUAAUCCAGGAACAGCCCUGAGGAAACCAAUGGGACCUGUUGGGCUUCCAGGACCAACUGGGAGACCAGGACUGCAAGGGCCAAAGGGGGAAAAGGGAGAGAUUGGUGAAAAAGGACCGACUGGACCACCAGGACAACUUGGACCUCCAGGACCUAGAGGCUAUCCCGGAGAGACAGGGAUUCCUGGGCCACCAGGGCCACCGGGACCCCCAGCGUCUCCAAAUCUCCCAUUAACAUUUCAACAAGGAGUUCUUUACUCACUGCAGCCCAGUGGUGAAAAAGAAAAUGGAGAGCCACAGUUAGCAUCUACUGUCAUUGACACUAUAUUGGCUGGUUUGCCAGGACCUCGUGGGGCACCAGGACCCAUAGGGCUGCCAGGUCCACCUGGAUCUUCAGGCCCCAAGGGAGCACCAGGGCCAAUGGGAGCACCUGGAGUACAGGGCACUCCUGGUUCUCCUGGACAGCCUGGGCUGAAGGGCCCAAAAGGUGAUCGGGGCGAAAGGGGGCCAGCGGGGCAGACUGGUGAAAGAGGCAUUAAGGGUUUUCCUGGUGAACCUGGUAAGAAAGGUGAAGAAGGAGACAGAGGUGCCGAUGGUGAAGGAGUCCAACAACUGCGAGAGGCCUUGAAGAUUUUAGCAGAGAGGGUGCUAAUUUUAGAACACAUGAUAGGGAUCCAUGAUUCUUUGUCUUCCGUUGAACCAGGCUCAGGACAAGAUGUGAUCCUGGGCGCCCCGCUCCGAGCAAACACGAAAAACAAGCGGCACCAUUCGAACCAGAUCCUUUCUUCACUUCUGGAUGACAGCAGACCCAGGGCGAAAAGUGACCAGAGGCAAUAAAACUUUAGUAAGGUCCAACAGCAAAGGCUUGAAGAGACCUCUGUUUACUCCUGUUGGGAAGUCCUGCAGGUCAGGAGGAUGGAGCCAUGUCCAAUUGGAAUACCUUCCUUGAACUUUCCAUGAUCUUUUAAAAAUAUUCUUCACAUUUUACAUACAUGCUAUUUUUGUUCUUGUUUUGAGGCCCGUCUCAGGUGAUUACAAUAAAGUUCCAAUCCCAAGAAGUCUCAUGUGAUAAAGACACCAACAUUUGUAGAGCUUUUCUGUAACAUCAUUGAUGUAACCUUCUCUGCCAUGGAGCCAGUGCUGCAGUCUAGAACAUUCUGGGAAUAACAUUCUAGAGCACACACACCCAAUCCACGAAGAGUGCGGAAUUUGUUUAUUGGCCCUACCAUUGCUUUGAAUGAAUGGACUAUGCACUGCAGAAAACAGCCCAAGUUCAUAUUGCAAGGGAGGAGGGACAAUUAAUAGAAGUAAGCUAUAGUUAAUGAUCACUUCAAGACUGUUACUGAUGUUCUAAUUGUAGAACUCACACCAAGCAUUCAAGCAACCUCAGUUACACAGCUGAGCUUGGUCUGAAAACCAUCGUUCUAUAUAAAUCUUCCUGUUAUCCAGAUUUGUAAUGCCUAGCCAAACUUGACUGAUCUUGAGAAACUAAACAGAAUUGGUGAACAUGUAGUUUGGAGAUAACCAGAAAAAUCUCAGAGCUGUAGGCUAGCUUGAAAAGUCAAAUAAGCAGCUGAGAAGAACGUAAUAGCAAUAGCACUUAGAUUUAUAUAUAGCUUCAUAGUGCUUUUACAGCCUUCUCUAAGCUGUUUACAGAGUCAGCCUAUUGCCCGCAACAAUCUGGGCCCUCAUUUUACCCACCUCGGAAGGAUGGAAGGCUGAGUCAACCUUGAGCCAGUGAGAUUUGAACUGCUGAACUGCAGCUAGCAGUCAGCUGAAGUAGCCUGCAGUACUGUACUCUAACCACUGUGCCACCUCAGAUCUAAUGCCGCCUCCUUAAAUACUGUUGCCAAGAAUAUUAUAUGGACAUGGCUCGUAUAGCCACAGAGCCAAGCUCUAGGGAAUAUACAUACUUUCCUUUAAUUCUCCCCCAAAUCCAACUAGAUUUUUGAGUAGUAACUUUGAUGUUAUAAUCCAAAAUUAAGGUCUAUAAAACCAACAAUGUUAUCAUUUUGCUAGAGUUUACCAUCUGUGGUUCUGCUGUGGUUAAUUUCUUACCUGUAAGGUGUUUUUUUAGAUUCCUUCCUUAUUUCACUUUUUACUAAAGUUCAUUUGGACCUGUUAUUGAUAUAUAUUUUGAUAAUGCUCCUAUAACCUUCAUAACUGAACAAAUGAACGAAAUUCCACAGGCAAAGUGUGGAAAAUUGCCUCAGCCAUUGGAUUUUAGUUCAACCAUGAGAUGUCAAUGGCAGAGACAAGAAUAGUGUGUCAUUUCUAGCAUGUAAGGAAAAAAAAUGAAAUGUCUUGUGGCACAUUAAAUAUUAAUAAAUUUAUUGUCACAUAUGGUCCUGUAUAUCUCAGUCUGCUUCAUUAGAUGUGAUCAGAUUGUGAUGAACAAAAGAUUAUAUAAUAGAUUUUCUAAGUUGCUACUACACAUUUUUGCCUUGUUUGUUACAAAAGAUGUAACAUCACACCCAUCCUUCUAGAAUUGAAAUAUGUAGAUUUUUGUCCCUGUAUCUACUAGGAGGGACAGUUGAGGUGGUUUUAAGGCUUUCCAGUACUUAAGUAGAAUUCACAUAAAAUCUUGCAGCCAUACAAAUAGUUUGCUAACUGUAUAAAAGAUACGCCUUAGUUCAUUUACCGAAAUUGAAAUUCUUGCAACACAAUUCAAUGCAGCUUAUUAGAUUUUAAAAAUGUGUUUAUCAACCUACAACUUGUUAUAAGUUUGUCUUAGAGCAAUAGAAGGGCCUCUUUUAAUUAACAAGGAUGAAAAUUAAAGCACACAUGAUCUUUUUUUUAAUGCUAAUUUUGCUUAAGAUAUAUUAUCAUGGAAAAUGAGAAAGAAAAUAAUCUUUAUAAAUGUAGCUGAAGGCUGUUUCAAGGUACCGUUCCUAUAUUCUCUUUACUGAAACUUGUUUAAUAUUUUGAAAGCUAUUAAAAAUUACAUUUAUUUCACUUUCUCACAAGGGCCCAUAUCUUGAAGGUUUGGAAAACAUUAUCUGAAGGCUUCUGCUGAAUCAAACAGCUAGAAAUGAUUUGGGUUUUAUAAUUUGAUUGCAGAUGGUCCUUUAAGAUAUGUACAAUUUGUACAUCUAUAGUUUCUGAUAAUCAGCAGUCUUCUUGUAUGUUACGAAAUGAAAUCAUUUUGAUAGGAUCUAUAUUGCUCAACUGUACCAUUUUGUUGCUUUUUGAUUGCAAAAUGAGAUUAUGGAUACCUAAAAGGUAUAUAUUGCAAGUUCCUGGAUGAUAAAGGCUAGGAGUAAUUUGCAGAAACAUGGCAGACAGAAGCCAGGUACUUAAGUCUUAUUCGGGAUGAUUUCCCUUAUCUCUCUUCCCUACCAUUAUACCCAAGAUUUUUCUUCCAUACUGGGUUUCAUAUGUUUGAGUCUUACCAUAAAGAGGAUGACAGGAAGUAGUGAUUGGAUGAUAAAGAAAAAUCUGACAAGCAAGGAAGUAGCUACCUGUCCACCUGCCUGCCUGCCUUUGUGCUGCAUUGCACACGUUUCUCUUCUCCCUUCAUUGCCAUUGUCUGAAAUGUAAAACAGAAGCAGUUGCAGAAAUGCUCAGGGUUGUGACUGGGAACUAAUCCAGAGGCUACCGCAAAGUGGAAUGGGGCAAUUUGCCACGACCAACUUGCUAUGGCCGACUCACCAUAAAACAACUCACCGCAGAACAAUUUAACAAUUCUAUUUAAUUAUUUAAAAUCAUUUUUUUUAAAUUUUUGCCAUUCACAUUUCAUUCUGUCCCUCCUUUUGCAUCCUUUCUUUAAUGAUUCUAUUCUACGGUUUCUUUAAUAUUAGUGUAAUUCUUGUCCUGCAGCGGGUUUCUUGCUGUGGUGAGUUGUCCUGCAACAAGUUAGCUGUGGCCAGUUGACCACGGCAAGUUGGCUGUGAUGAGUUGGCCACGGCAAGUUGGCUGUGAUGAGUUGGCCACGGCAAGUCGGCUGUGAUGAGUUGGCCACGGCAAGUUGGCUGUGAUGAGUUGGCCAUGGCAAGUCGGCUGUGAUGAGUUGGCCGUGGCAAGUAGGCCAUUGCGAAUUGUCAUAGACCCACUCCUAAGAGCUUCCUCAAACAGCAGUAUUGAAGUGCUUUCAUACAGACUUCAAGGAGGUAGAAAAAUACGCUGGCGUACUUGGCACUGCCCUCAGUAUAUUUUGCACUUGAUAAGGGUGUAAGGCUGUCCUUAUUGGUUUAAUAGAGGACAAGCUAAAGAAAUUGAUUUGUGAAUUCCAUAAGCUUAGUUUCUACCAAAUCUCACCAGGCAAAGGGGUAAACAUUCACCAUCAUUCUCUUUAGCAUAGACUGAGGCUGGAGAGUAGGUGAAUUUUGAUAGAUGACCAGAAUGGUGGAUUUAGCCAUGUGUCAGAAUAUGUUUUCUUUUUGGCAAGUUCAAAAGAAGCCCGACUAUUAGCUGGAUCUGGCUUUAACAUCUUGAAUAAGAAGAGUUGGAAGGGACCUUGAAGGUCUUCUAGUCCAACCCCUUGUUGAAGCAGGAGUUCCUAUACCAUUCCCAACCAGUGGCUGUCCAGUUUCUUCUUAAAAGCCUUCAGUGAUGGAACACCCACAGCUUCUGAAGGCAAGCCGUUCCACUGGUUGAUUGUUCUCACUGUUAGGAAAUUUCUCCUUAGUUCUAAGUUGUUUCCUUGAUUAGUUUCCAUCUGUUACUUCUUGUCUUACCUUCUGGUGCUUGGGAGAACCCUAUUCCAAAAAUAAUGCUAAAAUAUCUUUUGUGGAAUGGCUACUCCAGAAUUGCAUUAUUUUGGAAUGGCACUAUAUGUCUGCACACUGCAAAGCUUUCUCUUUGUUUGUGAGUAGGAACUUUCUCCCUGCCCCAAUUUCUGCUGGCCAAGCCUGAGAUCCAAAUAAACAGUUCAAAAUGUGAUCCCCUUUGAAUUUCAGGAAAGAUGGUUUCAGCAACAGAAAAACAUCCCAAGGGUGUUUAAUGGCUAAAUGAACAAGAAACAUGCAUAUGCACACACAUCUCUCUCUCUCUCUCCCUCUCCCUCCUCCCCUCUCUCAUAAACAGAUCAUCUGUUCUUUCAGGAAAGUGGUAUACAUGUGUUUAUAAAGAGCCCACAUAGCACUGUGUCUCUCUCUCUCUCUCUCUCUCUCUCUCUCUGUUUCUCUGUCCCUCUCUCUCUCUGUUUCUGUCUGUCUGUCUGUCUGUCUCCCUCUCCCUCUCCCUCUCUGUCUCUGUCUCUGUUUCUCUCUCCCUCUCUCUGUCUCUCUCUCUCCCCCUCUCUCUCUCUCCCCCUCUCUCUGUUUCUCUCUCCCUCUCUCGCUCUGUCUCUCUCUCUCUCUGUCUGUUUCUCUCUCCCUCUCUCUCUCUCCCCCUCUCUCUCUGUUUCUCUCUCCCUCUCUCUCUAUCUCUCUGUCUCUUUCUCUCUCUGUCUCUUUGUCUCUUUCUUUCUCUCUCUCACUCUCUCUCUCAGACAGCUCUAGUCAGAUACUAAGCAAGGACAUUCCUUUGCAGAUCCCAGGUGUGUUUAGCAGCCAAGCCAAAAUGGCCACACAAGGCAAUACUCAGUGGCCAGAGGGGAGAAGGUGUGUCUGCAGGACUCUUAAAGUAGUCAAAGGAAGCUGGUCAGAUUUCAUCAUCCCCAACACCGUGAAGGAGGCAUUGCAGGCUGCUUGGUAUGGCAAGGCUCGCUUUGGGAGAAGAGGAAAAACAUUACAGUAUUUAGGACUGGAACAGUUAAAGAUGAAUUUAAUCUGCUGGGGAUGAAACCAAGGUAACAUUGUGAAGUCCUUCAGCAAAGCAUCUUUGUUCCAUGGUUAGGGGGUGGUCUGAGGAUAAGCCCUUGGAAGCAUCCCACAACCUCACCUCAUACCCUCCUUACAGGGAUGGCGAUGAAUCAAAGAAUGCAAAAGUUGCUAUCAAAGUCCGCAAAGCACACUUUAAGCAGGCAUUUGAAUUCGGUAUGCUAGUCAAGACAGUAUGUAUUAUAUAAAUAUAUAUGUGAAAUAUUAAAUAUAUCUAUUUAAUUUAUAUCCAUGCAUUAGGAACAUUUGAAAAUGUCCCAGCUUCUUUUGAUACCUUACUCAUGUAUCUGCUCUCUUCCUAAUGGAGGAUGCCAAUAUGAAUAAAGUUUUGGUCAGAUCUUGUGAACUUCAUGGAUAUAUUAAGUGGCAAAGCAAUGUAUCCAAACCAGCAACUGGAUUUCAGGCAAACUACUUUAAAGAUGAGUGGGAGGCUAAUGUCAGAAUCUUGCUACUUUCUCCUGUGGGCUGUCUCAGAAAUAGUUUCACCAGAAUUACUUGCUGCAAAUUUUGCUUAAUUUUUAGCUUUGAUGUGGUAACUACUUAAGGGAAUGGAAAUAGGAUUUGGAAGCUUUCUUUGGCCCAAAUAUUCCUAGAUGCAGAUCCUAAAUGGAGUGCCUGGGGGACAUCUACCUACCCCUUCUCUGCAGCUUUUUUUAUUAUUACUGUUCAGGUUCAUAAAUUUUUAUUGAAUUGCAUCUACUUCUCUUCUUGUUUACUAUAGGUUUCAUUACUGUAUAUGGAAUGUUUUGUAUUCUCCUUUUUUGGGUGUUGGGGUGUUUUCCCCCCUCUACAGAACAGUGGGGGCAAUAUUAAAGAGCCCAAAGAGACCAAAAACAUACUUAUUUAAUGCA